AAAGUGAGGGUCUUUUUAUAGCCCACUACAAAUGGCGUCUCUCCCUCACACCCAUCUGCUUCCUCUCAAUCCAAACACUCACGCAACAGAUUUCUAGAGAAAGAAGAACAACAACGGAGAACCAUUUUCAUUUCCCAAUUCCGCCAUCGUUUCUUCUUCUUCUUCUUCUUCUUCUGGGUCGUUUAAAUAAACAAAAACGCCCACUGAAGGAACAGAUAAUCCAGGCACUCUUUUUUUCUUGUUUUGGUUUUGAUUUCCAUGUCUUCUUCUGAUCUGUUCGUUCACGACGAUUCUUCAUCUUCUGGUCUGUUCCGCUGCUCGACCUCCGAUUUGGUGUUCCCCUCCGAUGCAGAGCUCCAAUUCUUCUCCGAUCCGUAUUCCCCCAAUCUCUCCGAUUCCGCCAUCGACAUUCUCCAAGUUAUUUCCGAUCAAGAACAACCACUCGCCGCCGAUGAUUCCAAUUCCAAUUCUGUCGACCAUUUUCUCGUCUCCUCCUCCCACCAAUUCCAGGGCCUGACCCUCUCGAAUCGCGACGAUUUCCAUCUCCAACACCAUUCUUCAAAUGGGUUUCAGAAUCUCUCAAAUUUCGAUGUCAAGAA